AGAUUCCAUUUACUCAAACGAGUUUUAAAAGAUUAAUCUAAUUGUUCGAUAUCAACGGAACCGGCAAGGUCAAGGAUGGACUCUGAUGUGAUUAGAGGUAAGAGACUCUGCCAUCAAUCAAGUGUAACCGAUCAGGGGAGCGAAUCAACAAAUAUGUGAGUACUAGGUCUGUUUUUUUUUAAAAAGAUAUAAUCAACUGUAUGUAUGCAAUACCGUAGUAACUGUGCAGGGGCGUAGCCUAGAUUUUGUGCCGCCCAGGGUGGGUCAUGUUUCUUUGCCGCCCAAAUUUCCAAGAAAAUACUUUGGCCGAAAAUUCCGCCCUUCAUUAUGAAGGUAAAAUUUUGCCGCACGGUUCAGACCCCCCCUCCCCCCCCCCAAAACAAAAACAACAACCCUCGACCCCCACUUCAUACGCCACUGCCAGAAUACACGAUUGCUGUUUGGUGCACUAGCAGCGGGUGCUGUCAACGCAAGAGUGACGUGUGUUAACUAAUUUUUUGGCAAUUAUCUAUUUUUACAUUGGGAGUAUGGGGGGGGGAGGGGGGGGGUGGGGUUAUAUGUAAUCCAUGAAUGUGGUUCGUUGAAGCAUGUGUGAGAGACCCUUUAAAUUCAAUCAUUAUGGGAUUCUUUUUUUUUUUAAAUAUAUUACCUCAUCGUGUGAUUCGCAUGGGUUCAGUAACAUGGGUUCAGUAACAUGGGUUCAGUAACUAAUUGUGACAAUUUCUUAACAUUUUUACACCCAUUCACCUGUACAUUAAUUGUAUCAUUAUUUACAGCUUCCACAGUUUGAUGAAUUCCAGUUCACUUCGACUGCCUGUUAGCGUUAUAGUCAUUGCUCUAGGCUUCUACUUCGUCAACAUAAGGUAGGUCAUUGGGAGUUAGUGUGACUCAUACUACCACGUCAUGUGGUUGUGUAGUGGUGAUGGUCCCCUGCAGAGGCGUAGCUAGAGUGUUUGGCACCCGGGGAAAAGAUUCAUUUUAAAGAGCCUCCCUUUUCUGUUUUUAAACUCUUACAACCCAUUAUUUACAUCAAUAAAAUAAUAUCAAAGCACAUUUUGGCGCCCUAACUAAUCCGGCGCCCAGGUACAUCUGUCCCCCCUGCCCAUGCUCUUAGCUACGCCUCUGGGUUCCGCCCAAUUGUCACAUAUACAUACAGUCAGGGGAGUAGCAAGUGUUAAUGCCAUACGAGGGACACACAAUAAUCGUGCCGUUCCCUAUAUUUCCAAUAAAAAAGAAAUGUUGCAGUUGGCAGUUGGCCGAAAAUGGCGCCCCUUUUCAUGUACAUAAAAAAAUAUUGACGCCCGGGGUGGACCAGCCUCCCGCUCCCCUUCUUACGCCACUGCUAACAAUGGUUAAGUUGUCCAGUGCUCACCAACAGCUUUGGGGACUUAAGGAAACUAUCAAUGGUUCCAACAGUAAUACAAAGAGCCUGCUUCUUUAAUACAUUGUUUCAUUUCCAUGCUUAGAUUUCACCUGUUAGUUCACAAUCCUUAAAUGACGUCAUGCCAUGUGACCAUUCAACAACACACCCCACCCACACCCCCGCCAUCUAAAAUAAAAUCAUCACAAGUCGUCACAAAAAAGCCAGAAUCCCUCGUCACAGAUAAGUAGCACCCCCCCCCCCCCCAUAAAAUGUCCACCACUGGAAGCAUGACGUCAUUUUCUCCAUAUUCAACCCCUCCAUAUAAGAAUAAUAAGAUCAAAUAAAAACAAAGUCUUAGUAUUAUACGCUCUCCUCACCACGCAGGUUAUAUCCGAUCAUCCUUGACGUCAUUGACGUCUUUCGCUGGUGCUUCAUUCCGGUCACCACUCUCUACCUGACGUCACCCAGAUUCAGAGCGGUCGUCGGUCUGCUUCAUUCCAUCUGCCUGGACGUGUCACUUGAGGUACACUCAGAUUUUCAGAGCCAUCCUAUCUCAUUGCAUUGGUUGUAUCCAAUAUCGGCCAAGCUUUUGUUAUUUUAUGUCUAAGAACGUACGGGAGGCAUCAGAAUCCAAACGAAAAUAAAAGUUUACCAGGUGGCUGCAAUGUGCUUCCGACGUUACUAUACGCAUGUGAAACACGGACAGACUCGCAUACGUAGGUUUGCCCAACAUAUACACCUUAUUUAUCUUAUCCGGAAUUUUUGAUAUAACGCAUUAUUUUGUUUUUGCUAUUUAGUAUAGUGCGUUCAAAAACAAAUUUGACGAAAAUUUUAACGGGUGAACUGAAAAAUAGAUUCGACCAAAUUUCCGUUCGAUCAAAUUUCCGUCGAUCAAUUUACCGUCGACGAAAUUUCUUCCACACAAAUUUCCGGUAACCCUUGUUAAUGCAGUUCCAGAUUCGCUGGGCGGGAUGUCAGACGACCGCUUGCCAAAAGAAUUUUUCAAGGAAACCUCAAGUGUGGCAAGAGGUUUGAGGGGGGGGGGGGGGGCAGUAAACGUUUUACAUUUAAAGACAUAAUGAGCGCAUUUUUGAAAACGUUCUACAGUCCGCACAGAAUAGAUUCGUUGCACUCCUCUGUAUACAAAGUCUCUAUGCAACAUGGGGCAAACAAAACAGAACAGCUGCUGCAGAGUACAAAAGACGUGCCAGAAAAGCCAGCGUUAAUUAACUCUGUACCUGGCUUUGUCCCAACCAUCGCUCUGCACUCUCUGCACAAAGAACAUUUUGUGCCAGAAUCGGCCUGAGCAGUCCCCUUGCGCACCUACAGAAAGAUUCAGCCCCAGCAACAAGCCGAUGUCAAAAAAAAAAAAUGGUCUUGAUCUAUUUUUCAUGAUAGAACAGUUUAUCACAUUCUUUCAUUCCACAAAUGUCCGUAAUGAUUGAUCUAAUUAGGCCCCAAAAAUUAUGACAUUUAUACAUUUGAUAUCAUAUAUAUAUAUUUAUAUAACCAUUUCGUUUCAGGGGAAAGGCGUACACAGUUCUUGAAGUAGAUGAUAUUUACCACGGUCAUAUUCUUCAAUACGCGAAUCCCAACAAUCUCUCUGAAAAGCACGCCAAGCUCAAACUUCCAUCUGCAGCUGCAGGCCUACUGAAUUGAAAUUUCUUUGUGGGCUUCAAUAGCUUCCUGUGUUAAUAAGUUAUAUUUGUGUUAUUUUGUUUCACAGUAUUCAAUUAAAUAUGUUGGAUGUGUACAUAAACCAAAAUAAAGUCUUUAUGUUUUU